GUACUUAAACCAAUCUUUCUAUAUAUCUUGGGUAUGUAAUCGUCACGGAUGAUCUUCCCUGACGGAUCUGGCCAUCAGGAAAAAAACUUGCCUGGGUGGUGAGGGGCACAAUUGCAAAGUAUGCAUGUGUUCCUUCUUUAAACCUCCAUUAGGUUGUCUUGUCCCUUCAUCCUCCAUCAUCCAUCACUACUACUAUAGCUAUCUGCUUGGAAAUCUAAAGGCGACCGUACUUCUCUGCUCAGGUGUUCGCGCCAAACCAAGAUAGCUCUGGCCGUACGUGAUGGAGGAAGAGCAAGGGAUCCAGAGCAAGACAAGAAUGGUUGUUAAGCACAGGGGCUGCUGCAUCGAGCAGACCGUGAUGAAAACACAGUCACCAUCAGCUCUGGACGACGACCCUUCCAUGCAUCUGCGCCGGAGGUCCAAGACGGUGCGGGUGACCCCGAUCCACUACGAGGUGGUGUCGGGUUGGAUUCAGCCUGAGACGCCUUCUGCUACUGCUGGUCACCAUGAUCAUCAGAUCAUCCAGAUGUAUCCCGAGGAUAAUCAGAAGAAGGCAUUAUUGACGGCAGCGUCAUGGGAUGGAGGAGGAGCCAACAGGGGUGGCUACGAUUACUGCUGGGUCAUGGAGCAGGUCAGGACAAUCGAGGCUGCCAUGAGCCGAGACAAGAAGCUGCUGAGGGAGCUGAAGAAGGAGGUGGCGGAGCUGAAGCGCGAGGUCCAGCGCUACAAGGAGGAGCUCGACGCCAUGCAGCACAAGAACAUCGGAAAGAUGGUACUGGGUAUGGUGGCCGAGGUGCUCCCGGUCCCGGACAGCAUCAGGACCACGCUCGGCCGCCUUGUCGACCUAAUAUAAUUAACCUUAGCUUGCAUUGCAUGAGAUCAGGCCAUGACGACCUCGAUCGAUCUUGCGAUACAAAGAAUUUAAAGGUUUUGCCACUAGCUCCCUUCCCAGAUAUAAAUUUUGCUCAGUUUUAAUUUGUAUGCGAGACGUAUAUGCACAUGUGUGUGGCCGAUCGAUGGCCGUCAGUUUAA